CAGUUUUUUUUUUUUUUUUUUGGCUAGAGUUGCAUCGACGGGUGCCGUGCAUAGCAGACAGUAGAAGGGUCAACAAGGUGGACUCUGUGAACGGUUACUUGCUUCAGAAAAUGGCCCAACUGAUUCGAUUUUGAUUUGUCCAUCAUCCCCCCCAUGGCGUCUCUGCCAGGGGACCCUCUGUGAGCGGCGGCCCUUUUCUGGACUGAAUGCUCUGUAUUGUUGACUGAGAGAGAAAAAAGUAGAGUUGUUCUUCAAUGAACAAACACUGUAUGCUGCAGGGCUCUUUGUUUACAGUCCUCUCGACUGCGGAACAGACAGCACGUUUAGAAAAGUUAGCCUUUAAGUGGGGUGAAAGUUAGGCAAGAUCGGUUGUACUCCUUCAGAGAGAAUCCCCCUAAGAUCGCAUGGCAUCAAGGGGCGAAACAGCAAAGCGGAUGGUCAAGAACUUUUGGUGUCGUCUUAUGUAACCACAGAACAAAAUGGGAGUCGUUCAAAGCCGGAUUUGCCUUGUGUAUCGUCGGACGCGUUCCUAGCAGUGUGUUUGGAAAUUUGAAGCGGGACGGGAAGGGAAUUAGGGAGUUGCCUUGGAAUUUGGAGUCCCCACCCUUUGUACUUGGAUCUUCUGGCCGUUCUCGCUCUCUUUUGCCUUAUGGAUCAAGCCUUACCAGUAUUAUGCAGUUUGACUCAUCACAUCAUUUCAUCGCUGAAAGUUUUUAGAUUUGGCCCCGCCUGUCCGAAUUCGGGCAUCUUUCGUGAGCGAUCCUUUACGUGUGGAAAGACGUCUUUUACCGCUUGCUUUUUAGUGACUUUAAUGUGAUCGCUUUAGGCUGAGGAUAUGCUUUAAACAUUUUUGGGUCACUUUUUAAUUCUUUUGUUUUAAAGAGAGCAAAUUUAAAGCUUAUACCAAAAUUAUUUCCGAGGCUCUUUUUUUUUGUUGCUAUUUCGUUUUGUUGUGGCCUUUCGUCACGGGAACAGAAACUGACUGAUGUGCUAUGCCUCCUGUUUUGUGUUUCCAUCUGGGCUUUGGAGGGACACCGCAGAGUGUCCUGGUGCAGUCUAGUGGCAUUGGCAGGCUGUAACCGAGAUGCCGCGUCUCAUUAAAGGUUAACCAGCUACGGGAAUAAGCUCUCUGGCAAGCUGCCUGGCUGGGAAGGGAGGAAAUAAACUGAAGAGGGUCGUUACCCCCCCCCCCCCCCCACCCGAGUAAUGGGGGAAGUGAAAGGCAGACUAUUAAACCAGCGGCAGCCUUCGUAUUGAGCGCCAGGCACAGACUCACCAGUCAGUGAGUGGCACAGAAUGUUCGGAACAGCUGAGAUUUCACACACCAUGUGGAAUACUAAUAUGGAAUAUUAACCCCCUCCCUUUUGCACACUGCGCUGGAUUCAGGCUUUAUCUUGGAGGUGCCUCUUUGAGUGAGAAGGUGCCCUCUAUUCCAAUGAACUACUCAUGAGGAUUUGGAUUCAUUUCAAGGUGUGCGUAAGACUAAGUAAGAGUGGAUGUAUGAACAGUAUUUUUCCUCGUGUCUUGAUGCCUUUUUGAGGGACAAUAAUUCCGGAUCGGCUGUACUCUAACAGCAGUGUGGUGACGAUUACACUGAAGGUUCCGGCGAUGCAGGAAGGCCACGCUGACAUUGCGAGCGUGGACCAGGCCACGUUCCAGGAGGUCCCAUUAAUGACCUCCUACUACUUGGUUGUGGGUUCUCUGGAUGGCGGAGGCUACGACGUUGUCAACAACACGGUGACCCCCACCCCGGGGCCGCCGGAAUGCCGGUCCCAGUCUGCUGGCCAGCGGCAGAACUGGGAGAUGAAUUACCAAGAAGCGGCCAUAUACCUGCAGGAAGGCGAGAACAACGACAAGUUCUUCACACAUCCACGGAACCCCAAGGCGCUGACUGCCUACCUGUUCGCCCACAACCAUGCCUUCUACAUGAUGGAGCUGACAACGGGGCUGCUCCUCAUGGUGCUAUCAAUGUGCGAGGCACCGGCGGUGCCCUCCCUGCGGCUGGACGUCUACGUCCACGCGCCCCUCGAGCUGCUGGCCCUGGCCAUGGUGGCCUUUGAGCUCUGCAUGAAGAUGCGCUGGCUGGGCCUCAACACCUUCAUUCGCCACAGAAGGACCAUGGUGAAGACCUGCGUGCUCUUCCUCCAGUUUGUGGAGGCCAUCGUGGUACUGGUCCGGCAGAUGUCCCACCUUCGGGUCACGCGGGCCCUCCGUCCCAUCUUCCUGGUGGACUGCCGGUACUGUGGAGCUGUGCGCAGGAACCUGCGGCAGAUCUUCCAGUCCCUUCCUCCCUUCAUCGACAUCCUGCUGCUGCUGCUCUUCUUCAUGCUCAUCUUCUCCAUUCUGGGAUUUUAUUUGUUUUCUCAGAAUAAGGCAGAUCCGUAUUUCAGUUCACUGGAAAACAGUAUCGUGAGCCUGUUCGUCCUCCUGACAACGGCAAACUUUCCUGAUGUGAUGAUGCCAGCAUACUCCAAAAACCGGUGGUCCUGUGUGUUCUUCAUCGUCUACUUGUCCAUUGAGCUGUAUUUCAUCAUGAACUUGCUCCUAGCCGUGGUGUUUGACACCUUCAACGACGUGGAGAAGAUGAAAUUCAAAUCGCUGCUGCUGCACAAGAGGUCAGCCAUAGAGCACGCAUUCCAGCUUCUGGUCAGCAAACAAAGGCCCAAUGGAGUGUCGCUUAAGCAGUUCGACGGUCUGAUGCGCUUCUACCGGCCACGGAUGAGCGCCCGCGACCGCUUCCUGACAUUCAAAGCCCUCAGUCGCGGAGACUCCCCCACGCUCAGCCUGGAGGAAUUUUACAACUUCUAUGAAGUCAUUGGCUUAAAGUGGAAGCCGCGGCGGAGCGGGGAGCACUGGUUUGAUGACCUUCCACACACCACUUUCCUCAUUUUCAAAGGCAUUAAUAUGCUGGUGAAGUCCAAACCAUUCCAGUACACUAUGUAUUUUGUCGUUGCGGUGAACGGCGUGUGGAUCCUGGUGGAGACGUACAUAUACAACAGUGUGUUCACCCUAUCCCAGCAGGUACCUUGGAGCUACAUAGUCUUCCUUACCAUUUAUGGAGUGGAAAUGUUGCUGAAAAUCACAGGCCUGGGUCCCAUGGAGUAUUUCAGCUCAGGGUGGCAUCUGUUUGAUUUCUCAGUCACCCUCUUCGCUUUCCUGGGCCUCAUGGCCUUGGCCUUCGACAUGGAGCCCUUCUACUUCAUCGUGGUGCUGCGACCCCUGCAGCUGCUGCGGUUGUUCAAGAUCAAGCAGCGGUACCGCAAUGUCCUGGACACCAUGUUCGAGCUCUUCCCCAGGAUGGCCAGCUUAGGACUGACUCUCAUCAUCUUCUACUACUCCUUCGCCAUCGUUGGGAUGGAGUUCUUCGCCGACGUGGUGUACCCCAACUGCUGCAACACCAGCACAGUGGCCGACUCCUAUAAGAAGAUCAACAUCACUGUGGGCAACCACACGGUCCUAGAUGAGGGCUACUACUAUCUCAACAACUUCAACAACAUCCUCAGCAGCUUUGUAACAUUGUUUGAGCUGACGGUGGUCAACAACUGGUAUAUUACGAUGGAAGGAGUGACCUCACAGACCAGCCACUGGAGUCGCCUUUAUUUUAUGACCUUUUACAUCGUCACCAUGGUUGUCAUGACGAUUAUCGUGGCUUUUAUCCUGGACGCCUUCGUCUUCAGAAUGAACUACAGCCGCAAGAACCGUGACCUCAUUGGAGACCCUGAAGACGAGAACGGCAUCAUGCUGGAAGCUGAAGUGUCACGUGAGGAGGUGCUCGCCACGCUGGAGCUGUACAAGCAGAUCUGCCCUGGAGGCUCCAACCUUCGCUCCCUGCAGGGGGUGCUGCUGAGCAUGGAGCGUGGCGGGCACUCCUCGCUGGUGUUUCUGGGCCGGAGGUCCCGCACCAAGAGCGACCUGAGCGUGAAGAUGUAUGCGGAGGAGAUCCGGGAGUGGUAUGAGGAGUACACUAGGGAGAGCCCUCUUCAUCCUCACCGGCUCCCAGACCGGCCUUUGGACACGCUAGACAACCCCAGCCGGGAGCUCACCAGCCACCCUCAGACUAUCAACUAGCACACACCCCCCCCAUGACUGAUGCACAAGCACUCCCGCGCCCCACCCAUGUUCCUCAUGUGGUUCUCCGCUCACCAGAGGCAUUAAUGGAAUCACAGGACCUGAGCACCACCCCACCGUGCCCACCCACUGUACCCACCGUGUCCUGGCUGAGGGGCAGCUCCACCCUCCAUGUGGAUGUGCAGCUCACCUACCUUACAGAAAAGGGCCAUGUGACAGCCACUCACAGGGUAAUGAGAGAGGACCUGUGUUUCCAGUUUGCUUCUAUGCAUUGCAUAUUUGACACUAAACUGAUAAUAAUAUUCCACCCACGGGAGCUAGGAGGACAGAUGCCAUUAAGUGCCUGUGCCUCUAGGGAAUUAUGGGCGAAGACCUAUCAGGUGACACUUAAAGACCAAUCAUGAGACUGCACUUGCAUAACAGCCUCGACGUAAAGAGAUGUGGACUGGGAGCGGCUCUACGGCCGGGACCAAGGCAUCCUGACCCAGUUCUAUGGUGCUGGGUCGUGUGGGUUUCAGGGCGCAUUAAGCUGACCAGCCUGUAUAACUAGGGGAAGUCCUCACACGCACACUUCGUUCAUGAGCACACCUGUAAAUUCUUAACCCCUUAACACCACAGUAUUACUUGAUAUUAUUACAAACUCCUUGUAAAAUGUUCAAUACAUGUUAUAUGCAUAUUCAAUGACUUGCAUUAUAUAUAAGUUGUUAAAGCUUUAUAAAACAAGGGAGCAACCCCAUGUUCGUUAACUUUGUAGUCACUUAUGUUCAGGACUACAGACUUGCUGUUCACAUGAUGUUUUCACAGCGGUUUAGUUUCUCCCAUGUCUGUUCCAUUAAUAGAGUUAAUAAGUCCUCCAUCACAUCCAUGAGUCUUGUGUUUAUGCUGAUACAGCAGCUGUCUGAUUACAGCUUUUUAUGGUUAUUAUGCCACAGUUGAUCUGAUUAGGCCAUCACACCACAAGAGGGCAUCAGCAUUUUAAUGAUACCUUAAGCAGAAGCCCUUUUUCAACCAAGAGCCAAUUGGUCUGUCCUACAAGUUUACUGGGUAGUAUGGGGAGUCCUGGAAUUCUUCUACAGUGUAAAUGUUUGCUGGUGUUUUAUAUUUAUUUUUUUUCUUUUAUUAUGUGGCCAUGCAAAUGGUGAGGUGACAGUUUAAGGUUAGAGAUCCAGUCCUUGGUCUUCACUGAUUCCCAUUCUAAGUGCAUUUAGUAUUUUUUGUUAUCAAGCUUUCCGAAUGACCAUACAUACUCGGAGAUGUACGAAGGGUAAUUAUUGUUCACUUAAUCGCUCAUUUAAAAAGCAACAUUGUACUCGUAACAAGGAAAAAGAAUAUUUUAACUUGUUAUUCUAUGUUAUGUGAUUGUAUAUAAAUUGUGUCCUUACUCAGGUUCUGACGUGGUAACUAAAAUCAGUUAUUUUGCAAACCAAGUUUAUUGUAAACGAAUGUUUUACUUUAGGUUAGAACUUACGCUGUAGACCCAAUAAAAGUAAACAUGA